CAUUGGAAGCGGCCCGGCUUCACAGGACCCGGAGUCGCCGUCCUGGGCAACUUUUGGCACCAGCCGAGGAAGUCAGCCCGUAUUCCCGGCAGCUCCAGCGAACGGAAUCGCCCGUUCGGGGAAGGAGUAGUGGGAAGAGGAGAACUGUUGGUAUUUUGAUCCAUGGAUGUAUAAUUCAUUCUGAAGUAAGCUUCAGAAGGUUUUAUUGCCAAGUUCAUCCAUACACAACGAUUCAGAAUGUUCAGGAAGAAACUAGAUAAUCGUAUCAGAGUCCAAAUUGAAAAUGGUGUGGCGCAGCGCCAACGGACGAUGUUUGUCAUUGUGGGAGAUCGCGGCAGAGAUCAGGUUGUUAUACUUCAUCAUAUGCUCUCUAAAGCCACAGUGAAGGCCAGGCCAUCUGUAUUAUGGUGUUACAAAAAGGAGCUUGGCUUUAGCAGUCAUAGGAAAAAGCGAAUGAGGCAGUUACAGAAAAAGAUAAAAAGUGGCACGCUCGACCUCAAGCAAGAUGAUCCUUUUGAGCUUUUUAUAGCUGCAACAAACAUUCGGUACUGCUAUUACAAUGAGACCCAUAAGAUCUUGGGUAACACCUAUGGGAUGUGUGUUCUGCAGGAUUUUGAGGCUAUGACACCAAACCUUUUGGCCAGGACUGUUGAGACAGUGGAAGGGGGUGGACUUGUUGUGAUUCUGCUGAGAACGGUCAACUCUUUGAAACAGCUGUAUACAAUGACAAUGGAUGUACAUACACGUUUCAGAACAGAGUCACAUCAGGAUGUGAUUGGAAGAUUCAAUGAAAGAUUCAUACUUUCUCUGGCAUCCUGCAAGAAUUGUGUUGUGAUAAAUGAUCAGCUGGGUAUCUUGCCACUUUCCAGUCACAUUCUUAACAUUAACCCUGUCUCACCCAAAUCCUCGGAGGAAAGCCUAACACCGGGAGAGAUUGAAUUGCGAGAACUUAAAGAAUCCCUAAGUGAUACACAACCAGUAGGAGUUCUUAUUGAUGGCUGCAAAACACUGGAUCAGGCUAAAGCAGUAUUGAAGAUCAUUGAAGCUAUAUCAGAAAAAACACUUAGAAGUACAGUCGCUUUAACUGCUGCCAGAGGCCGUGGAAAAUCAGCUGCUUUGGGCCUGUCUAUUGCAGGAGCAGUGGCAUUUGGAUAUUCCAAUAUCUUUGUCACCUCGCCAAGUCCAGACAAUUUAAUCACGCUUUUUGAGUUUGUUUUUAAGGGAUUUGAUGCAUUACAAUAUCAGGAACAUCUGGACUAUGAGAUAAUUCAGUCCUUAAAUCCAGAAUUCAACAAAGCUGUAGUUCGAGUUAAUAUCUAUAAAGAGCACAGACAAACCAUACAGUACAUUCACCCAGCAGAUGCUGUUAAAUUGGAUCAGGCUGAGCUCGUGGUUAUUGAUGAAGCAGCUGCAAUCCCACUUCCACUGGUGAAGAAAUUGAUGGGACCUUAUCUUGUUUUUAUGGCGUCCACUAUAAAUGGGUAUGAAGGCACAGGGCGUUCACUGUCUUUGAAACUGAUACAAGAAUUGCGACAGCAGAAUGAUCAGACCAAGGUCAGCAACACUGCAGAGAAUAAAACUACUUCCACUGCCAAACUCAGCUCAGUGAGGUCCCUACAUGAGGUUUCUUUAAAUGAGGCGAUUCGAUAUGCCCCUGGAGACCCCGUGGAGAAGUGGCUGAAUGAUUUGCUCUGCUUGAACUGUCUGAAUGUCUCCCGAAUCUUGUCGGGCUGCCCACUUCCAGAGAAAUGUGAUCUCUACUAUGUGAACAGAGACACACUAUUCUGUUACCACAAAGCAUCUGAAGCCUUCCUGCAGCGAUUGAUGUCUCUCUACGUGGCAUCCCAUUAUAAGAACACUCCUAAUGACCUUCAAUUACUUUCUGAUGCUCCGGCUCACCACCUUUUCUGCCUGCUGCCCCCAGUGCAGCCUACUCAGAAUUCAUUGCCAGAAGUGCUUGCUGUCAUUCAGGUGGCCCUUGAGGGAGAAAUCUCCAGUCAGUCUGUAAUGAACAGCCUGUCUCGUGGGAAGAAGGCAUUUGGUGAUCUCAUUCCUUGGACAGUGUCAGAGCAGUUUCAGGAUCCUGACUUUGGAAGCUUAUCAGGAGGACGUAUUGUCAGAAUUGCAGUGCAUCCAGAUUACCAAGGGAUGGGAUAUGGAAGCCGUGCAGUUGAGUUGCUGCAAAUGUAUUAUGAAGGAAAGUUUCCUUGUCUGGAAGAGCAAGAGGGCCUUAAGUCCACCGAAAUAACCACUGUCAGCAGUGAGGCUAUAAGCUUACUGGAAGAGACCUUGACUCCACGCAGAGACUUGCCACCAUUAUUGCUGAAGCUCAGUGAACGACCAGCAGAGAAGCUUGACUAUGUGGGAGUAUCUUAUGGGCUCACAUCAAAGCUGCUGAAGUUCUGGAAGCGAGCUGGGUAUGUUCCAGUCUAUCUAAGACAGACGCCUAAUGAUUUGACUGGUGAACAUUCUUGUAUCAUGUUGAAAAUAUUGAAUGAGGAGGAGUUUGUGGAAACUGCACAAAAGAACUGGCUUCAUGCCUACUGGGCAGAUUUUCGAAGACGGUUUCUGUCUCUCCUGGGCUACCAGUUCAGUAAUUUCCCUCCCUCUGUGGCACUGAAUAUACUUCAGAAUAAAAACAUGAAAGAGGAAUCAAAACAAUCACUAAGCAGAUCUCAGCUGGAAGCUAAAUUUACACCAUAUGAUUUGAAACGUUUGGAGAUGUACUCAAGGAAUAUGGUGGACUACCACCUAAUCAUGGAUAUGAUCCCUUGUAUUUCUCAGCUGUACUUUUUGAACCAGCUUGAUGAUAUCUCAUUAUCUGUUGCACAGUCUGCAUUACUACUGGGUAUUGGACUUCAACACAAAUCUAUUGACCAGCUCGAGAAGGAAAUUGAUCUUCCAAGUAGUCAAUUAAUGGGUCUUUUCAACCGGUUAAUCCGCAAAGUUGUCCAGCUCUUCAAUCGCAUCCUGGAGAAAGAUGUGGAACAGCAAAUGAUUACUGCGAAGGAGGUAGUCAUGGAACCUACAGUCAAAUCACUCUCUGAGGAUCUGGAGGAUGCAGCAAAAGAAUUUGAAGAAAAACACAAGCAGGAAGUUGAAAAGCUGAAGGGAAUGGAUCUAACUCAGUAUAUGAUCCGUGGCAAUGACGAUGAAUGGAAUGAAGUACUAAAGACAACAGGAAAGAGUGCCACAGUUAUCAGCAUUCAAAGUGGCAAAAGAAAACAAGAUUCGACAGUGAAAGGAGAUCCCCGUUUGGAGAAGAAACGGAUGAAAAAGAACAAGGAAAAGAAACAGAAGUGGGCAAAAUAAUUUACAUAAACCAAAAGACACAAUUUCAAAUUCAGUAACUUAUUUCAUAUUGGGCAUGAUGGGCAUAAUUUUGUAUAGGAUGUUUACAAUAUCUUCAGGUAUCCAGCAGAAAGAAAUAUGAUUGGAAUGAGAAAGAUCAAAAAUUACUGAAAUCUGUUGUAUUUCAAUUCAAAACUUUGGAGACCUUACAGAAUAGAAGAUCACUACUCUUCCCUCAUUAAAUGUGUUAACUCUGACACUUCCAGGUUUUUGUUAUAUUUUUAAUACUUGGUUGGAAUGUUGUGUUCAGUCUAUAGAUUUAUAUAAAGACAAAAGACAAUAUGUAAAAAUGGAACGGGACUAAAUCUAUUAAAAGUUGUUUUUAUUUUCA